AUGACAAUCGAAGCCGCCGAGAACCUGGCCGAGGAUGAUUUGCUCCCGGCGGCUCUUGUGUGUCGCCACCUGGGCCACAGCACCAGAACGUUAAAGCACAUUCAGCUGAUGAAUAUCCUCCAUAGCUACCGAGUUUCUCCGUAUUCGCUUGGAAAUGGCGGGAGACGCCAUCUUGUGAUCCAGGGUGAUCAGACCUCCGGGAAAUAG